AUGCAGCGCUACUGGCCCCUGCUCGCCCUCGUCGCCACCGUCACGCUUGCCUCGGACGCCGACGCGCAGCUCUCGACCCUCCUUGACGACGUCAAGCAGUGGCGAGAGCUCCACCCGGCGCGCUUCGACCCGCCCGAUGCCUUUGGGACCAAUGCCUCGACGACAACAGCGGCACUGGCGACGCCGAAUGGCUGGACGCUUACGACGGUCCUCGGCGCGAUCCUCUCGGGUCUCCUCACCGGCUUUGCGAGCCGGCUCUUCCUACGCAUGGCACGCUGGUGCAUCGGCCGCGCGCUCUACCUUUGGAAAACCGGGCUUCUAUCAAUCGACUAG